AGGGGGGGUGCAGGAGGAACAGAGUCCGGGACAGAGGAAGGAAACUAAAAGCUGCCGGAACAAGUUUCCACCUCCGCGAGGAGGAGUGGAGUGAUCCGGGAAGUGCGCGCUCCUCCGGGAAAACUUUCCGGUGAAGUUAAAAAAUGUCGCCUCACCUGUCAGAUCCCCGCGCCGGUAGUUUGAGCUAAUUCACCGCUAAUGGAGAAAUGGCGGCGCCGCUGAAAACAACCGGGAGCGAACUUUUAGAAGUUGACAUAAGUGACUCCGGAGGCGGCUUCCUGUCCGAGGACGAGAGCGGCGUGUUCGUGAACUCCGCCGCCGCCUCGCAGGAGGACUUCUCCGGCUUCCAGCGGUGGUCGAGCCCCGCCGCCGAGUCCCCGAGUGACACAUCAUCACCUCCGGGACGGCGGGAGCAGCUCCCCGGGGGGGGCACGGCUCCACCGCCGCCGCCGCCGCCGCUGCCUGGCACCUGGGCUGCCGACAACAACAACUCCGAGUCCCGGUGCGAUGCCCUCCGAGCCCCGAGGAGCUCCAUCGUGGACUGUCUCCUGGUCGAGCUGUACGAGACGUACAGCGGCCGGAGGAACCUGGACAGCUGGGACAGCUCCACCGAGGCGUCCGGGUCCGAAUCCUUCCUGGGCCGCAGCAACUCCGGGUCCAGCUUCCUCCAGGAGCUCCAGGAGAAGCACACCAGGCGGCACCAGAUGAACUACCUGGCCCAGAAAGCCCCUGCGGAGCUGCAGUCCAUCAUCCAGGAGGUGAAGUAUCGCACCGGCCUGCAGUCGGCCAAGCUGCUUCGCCAGCUGAAGAGACGAGACCGGCUCUGUCACAAGCUGCAGAAGAACUACGACAUCAUCACAGCGUGUCUUCAGGCUGUCUCACCAAAACGACGAGUCGACACGAGGCUGAAGUUUACCAUCGAACCAUCGCUGGGAAAGAAUGGAUUCCAGCAGUGGUACGACGCUCUUAAAUCAGUGGCAAGGCUUUCUACUGGGAUACCAAAGGAAUGGAGGAAGAGGGUCUGGCUAACUCUCGCAGACCAGUACCUCCACACCAUCUCCAUCGACUGGGACAAGACGCUUCGUUUCGCCUUUAACGAGCGAAGCAACCCGGAUGAUGACUCCCUCGGCAUCCAAAUCGUCAAGGACCUGCACAGGACGGGCUGCAGCUCGUAUUGUGGCCAGGAGGGGGAGCAGGACAGGGUGGUGCUGAAGAGGGUGCUGCUGGCCUACGCCCGCUGGAAUAAAAGUGUGGGCUACUGCCAAGGAUUCAAUGUACUGGCUGCUCUCAUACUGGAGGUCACAGAGGGCGACGAGAGCGACGCACUGAAGGUGAUGAUCUACCUGAUUGACAAAGUGCUGCCAGAGAGUUAUUUUGCCAACAACCUUCGAGCAUUGUCAGUGGACAUGGCGGUGUUCAGAGACCUGCUGCGUCUGAAGCUGCCCAGACUCUCCCAGCACCUGCACCACCUUCAGAAAGCAGCCAACAGAGACGCUGGAGGCAGUUACGAGCCUCCGCUGACCAACGUCUUCACUAUGCAGUGGUUCCUCACCAUGUUCGCCACCUGCCUGCCGGCGUCCACCGUGCUGAAGAUCUGGGACUCGGUUUUCUUCGAGGGGUCAGAGGUGCUGUUUCGAGUUGCCCUCGCCAUCUGGGAGCGACUCGGAGAGAGGAUCGAGUACUGUCAGACAGCAGACGAGUUCUACAGCACCAUGGGUUGUCUCACUCAGGAGAUGCUGGAGCACAACCUCAUCGAACCUGCUGAACUCAUGCAGGAGGUUUACUCCAUGGCAGUGUUUCCUUUCCCUCAGCUGGCUGAGCUCAGAGAGAAAUACACGUACAACAUCACUCCGUUCCCAACCACAGUCAAAUCCAAUGGAAGUGGGGGUCUGGGCAGCUGGGAGAGCGAUGACGACGCCGACAUGGACGACGAGGACUCUGUGGUGACUGCACUCGGUUGUCUGGGGCCCCUGGGAGGCCUGCUGGCCCCCGAGCUGCAGAGAUAUCAGAAACAUCUGAAAGACCAGCGAUCGGAGCAGGGAAACUUCGCGGAGCUGAGCCCGGGCGCGGUGGGAGCCGGAGGUGCAGGAGGUGCAGGAGGAGGUGCCAGGGCGGAGCAUCAAGCUGCCAUCAACAGCAUGAUGAUGGAGAGGAUGAGCACCGACAUCUACGCCCUCAAGAAGCAAUACACCCGCAUCAAGAGGCGGCAGCAGCAGCAGGCGAUGCAGCUGUACAUACGCACAGGAUUUGGACAUGAAGUUCCCACACAUCCUGGAGUUCUCCCGGAGCCUCUCUACAAUCACAGCGACAGUACCGACCACCGAGCCGAGGACAAGUGCCCGGCCACCCGUGUCCUCGCCUCCCAGCUCAACCCCUCCAGCGCUGUGAUCAACCACCUCCUUCUGGGUCGCCCACCAACCGGAGGCCCCCGGGGCUCCAGACCCACGUCCACCACGAGCCCCUCCACUCUGCCAGGGGUUCGACCGGCUCUCCUGCCCCAGGGUCAGGGCUCCCCGGCCCGGCAGCGCUUGGGCUCGUUGCCCUCCAACAGCACCGGAUCUCCGGGCGGCUCCGGUGGAGGCGGCGGGUCACCGUGGCGUGCUCAUGUCCGGGUUCAUCGGAGGAACAUGGCCAGGGCUCGAGCACAGCUGGGCUUUGGAGGUUCAGAGGAAAGGGACGAUGAGGAGGAGGAGGAAGGAUCAGUGAGGUUGGAGAGUGAAGAGGAGGGGAGGAUUGAGGAAGAUGACGAAGAUGAUGAGGAGCAGAAGGAUGGAGGAGACGACUCUGUCUCUCCACCUCCUGAUCUCUCUGUUACAGAGUCUGUCUGUGAGGAAGCUCCAGAGGCUGCAGAGGAGACAAAGGCAGCAGAAGUUGCGGAGGUGGUGGUGCAACUGGCGUCUCUGGAUAUAGAGGACGAGUCAAACCUGACCCCCCCCGUCGGUGCAAACCCAGAUAAACACCCCACGAUCCCAGAGUCUGCUCCGGAGUUCCCUCUGCUCCCUCCUCCUCCGUCCUCACACAGACACAAAGAGUCUGACUCCUCAGGUUCAGAGAGAAUCACCGGCUCUGACUCCGCUGCUUCUCCUCCAGCUCACCACUCCUCCAACUCCUGCAUCCCUUCUUCCACUUCCAGUCCGCCCCCCUCCCCCUGCUCAUUCUCUCCGACACCAGACUCCACAUCCUGCCUUCCCUCCUCUUCAUCAGCCCACAGCUUGUCUGCCCUCUCCUUUCCCGCCUCCUCCACCUUUUAUAAAACCCCCUGCCCCUCCACGCCCUGUCUCUCCUCUGUCUCCUCAUCCUCCAAAUCACACAUCUCCUCCUCCCCGUCAACGCCAGCGCUCAACUCCGCCGCCUCCGCCCCGAAACAGCAAGUCUUCUCCCCGUUCCCUAGCGUGAAGCAGCCCAGGAAGUCGGCCGCAGCCAGAAACCUCGGCCUCUACGGCCCCACAUCCAGAACGCCCACCGUACACUUCCCCCAGCUCAGCCGCAACCUCAACUGCAGUACUGCUGCCGGCACCACCAGGAGGCGAUGAAGACCCAAACACUUCCCUCACUGAUGCUGGGAACACACAGUGAAUCAUUCAUUCGAUUAAUUUCACCACGUUGCCUCCUGCAUACCAAGAAAACAACCUACGUCUUAUUUGAAGUAGAGAAGUGUAAAGUUAAACUGUGCAGAGAAGUCGCUUAGUCAUCGAACCUGCGGUGGGAAGUCCGAGGGUCACAAAGACUAAAGGGUUCAUCCUGAAACUCACAAGCCAUUUCAGACGAAUAUUAUAAACAUAGUUCUCUAAAGCAGAGGAGACGCACUGUCCCAGUAUCAGACUCUUUACUGGGGCCUAUGCAGCUUCUUCUCAACCGUAAUCUAUUCAUCACAAAUAAGAUAUGAAAGUAAAAUGUUCUAUUGACUCUCGACAAAGUUCCUGGAUUCGCUCCGGACGUCAGCGUCUGCUCGACAGCAGCGUGAUCCUGGAUGUGGAUUCUCUCUGGACUGACGCACGAGGAGACGCUGCUCUGGACUCGCAUAUUUAUCAACACAACCUUUCUCCUGUGCGAGGAACACAAAAGCCAUCCGGUUGUUUCUAUGCCAAGUAUUUAAAGAAUUAACUCCACAAGUUUAUUUAAGUUAAGAAUCAAAGCCCGAUCAUAAAAGUCGUUUUGUCCUGAAGCACUUAACUUGUUUCUUUUCUCGUCCGUGUCUCCACCGUUGAACACGAGGAAUGUAAAUGUCAAUUCUAGAAUGUCACUCAUUUAGAGCAGCUACCUCCACCAAGGCCCAACAGUCUCCGUCCUAUGAAAACACAUUUAAAUUCACUAGAUGCAGAUUUUAAUUUGGAUCUGCACCAAAUUUCACACACUCGUAAAUAUCAAACCCCUAAAAAUGUCUGGUUUUCAUUGAGAUCCGUGAAUUAUUCUCGAUCUCGCUGAUUUCGGAGCAACACCAAAAUGAAACAGGUUCUUCCUUGAGUCAAAUCUCAUGGACAUCGGUUCCAUUGUCUUUGUGUAAUCCUGCUGAAUGACACUUCACACAAUCUACACACAAGACGAGGUUUUCAUUCAGGAUCGUAACUGUAUUUAAGUGUUGUUGUAAAUAUGCAGUAACUGGAAUGUGGUGCUUUAUAAUGCAGAGGCAGAAAAAAGUACUGAUAUCACGUCUUACUUAUUUGUGCAAAUAAGCGUCUUACUUGGAAACUUGGCACCGAGCUGCUGCUCGUCACCGGGGCUCUAAGUGGAGUCCACUGGAGGAAAUGCAAAUAAAUGUUAGGAGAUGGAAAAA